AUGAUUGACCAGAUUUGUAAUUUGUUCACGAAAUUCGCUAAGUACGGAAAUCCUACACCAGACUCGUCGCUUGGUGUUAUCUGGCCUCAAUACAAUAACACUAGCAAAAAUUACAUGGAAAUUGGAGAAAAAAUAACAACCGGCGAAAAUCUGGACGCUUCUUCCUUAGAGUUCUGGAAGACUGUGUACGAUUACGCUGGAUUAGAAUUU